UGCGAGGGGUGAAAACACAUCGAACUCUUGUCCGAGAAAUAUCACUGAACAUGAACAGUCGAUUCUCGUAUCCGUAAUAGCGUAUUUUAACACGUAACAGCGUAAUUUCUUUGAGAAAAAUGAGUCCUGGAUUGGGUCACGAUCCUUUGCUGUCGUACAACUACACUAAUAUCGGAAACCUCGCACUCUGCGUGUGGCAACAGCCUCAGCAUAUUUUAUUCCAGUUAGCGAAUUUUUGCUUCGCACUGUCGUACGCGCCACCGGCUGAGUCGGAAAAGGUCAUUUUGUUCAUGCAUUCAAUGCUAAUUAUAGGUUUUAUGUUGCUAUCAGGGUGGGCUUGGCACGUGAUCUGCGCACCAGAUAUCUUCUCCUGGAACUUCAGUUUCUUAUUGCUCAAUAUUGGCCAAUUAGUGUACAUCGUUUAUCAAAUGAGACCCAUCAGAUUCGAUCCCGAAUUGGAAGAAGUUUAUCACACGCUGUUUUAUCCCUUUCAAGUCUCACGGAUACAAUUCAAGCGAUUGGUAUCCCCAGAAUUUGCGACGAUAAUGUCUCUUCAUGCUGGCGAGGCGUACGCGAUGCAAAAUCUAACGAGAACAGAUAGAUUAGGUUUGCUGCUAUCUGGGAAAGUCAACGUAAUAAACGAAAUUAAGUUUCUGCAUCCGGUACUGCCCUGUGAGUUUCUGGAUUCACCAGAAUUCGAAAGUUCUCGAUCCUCCGUCGAUGAUAAAUUUAAGGUAUCCAUCAUAGCGGCGAGUACCUGCAGGUAUUUGUUUUGGCAGCGGUCAGCCUUGGAAUAUCUGCUUGUAAAGGAAACUUAUCUUGCAACCGUCUUAACUACGCUGGUGGCAAGAGAUAUCGCAACGAAGCUAUACGCGAUGAAUAGCAAGAUGGUUACGGAUAAAGGAUCACACUUGGACAUUCGUCUUCCUAGUAUCAGCGCCGGUUUGGGGAUCAGCACUGGUUUGGGGGGUGAGUAUAGAAGUCUUCGAGCUAGACAGUCGCUGACCCGCAGGACAGAAAUCAAACCAACGUCUAACAACGUUAGCGGCGCGAGAGCCAAGGAACGCGCGGUGAACAACUUGACGAAGAAGGGUGCGCCGAGCAUGGAGCCCCUUCCGGAACUGCCGUCCUGCGACGAUCUAGCCUCCAGCGGCGUGGAGAGCUGGCUGGACUCCUCCAGCAAGUAUCACAGCUGCGAGAUCGUUGACGAGGAAUAGCAUUACGCCAACUACUCGAAUUACGAGAACGUGAUGGACGACGCCGACGACGACGUCGAUCCUAACCACGAUAUACAGGCCUUUGACUAUAAAAGUGCGGAGUGUUGGCCGUCGUAUGAUGACUUGCAAUAAAAGAAGAACGCACAUACCUUUACUUCCGUUGAAUGCAUUCAUACUUCUGGAUUUUAAUUUGCCAGAACGAAGUUAUGUAACGAUUUUUAGUGUAAAAUUAUUACGUAAUCAGCCAUCCCUUGAAUUUCGCUACGGAAUAAUUAAAACUCAAAGGAUUACAUUUCUACUGAUCGCAAUAUUGUAUACAUACUCUGUAGGUUGUUGCCUGGCAACGAAAUUCGCAACGAAGGUACCUUACAAAAAAUAGAUAUAUAAUGUAAAUUUAAUCGUGAUUUAAUACUAUGUACAUAUGUGUAAAUAUCAAAUUUAACGACGCUAUUAAACAUUGUAAAGAUUCUGGCUCGCAAAAAAAAACAGUGCUUACGAAAAUAUUCCAAAUAAUUUUCGAAAAAAAAACAAACAUAAAAUAAAUCCAAUAUUUAUAAGUAAAUACAUAUAAUGCGCCUAUAUAAUGUUUUUGUAAAUAUCGAAGUUGACGAGCAUAGCAAAAAAACUAGAAUUUCUUACAAAAAAAAUUUUUACUAAAGAUAUAUGAGACAAAUACUUACAUAUUUAACCAAACUUUAAAAAA